AUGGCAGCCCCCUCAAAGCGACCACAUGAAGCAGGUGAUACAGGCUUCGGAGAGCGCUGCCAGUUGAAACAGGCUUGCAUAGAUUUAUCCCACACUGACAGCGGUGAAUCUGCUCUGGACAGGUUCAUGCGAUGGGCUGAGUGUAAUAAUUUCCACGUGUCGAAAAAGGUGUGUGUGGGGAAAGGGGGAUCAUGUGCUCAGUAUGGGAUGGUGGCUGUUAGUGACAUAUCAGAGGGAGAGGUAUUGUUCCAAAUCCCCAGACCAAUGCUCCUCUCCCCGCAAACAUCGGCCAUAGCUGAACUGCUGAAUGCAGAAAAGGCUUCGACAGAAAGUGUCAGUGGCUGGGUGCCCUUACUUCUGUCCUUGAUCUAUGAGUAUCAUAACCCAAGAUCCACCUGGAGACCCUACCUGGAUUUGGUACCGGAUUUUAGUGAGCAGGAUUUACCUAUGUUCUGGCCAAGAGCAGAAAUGGAAGCUGAGUUGAGAGGUACAGGAGUGGUGGAAGCCGUUCUCAGAGAUUUAAAAUCAAUAAGUCGAGAGUUCGAAACCAUUGUCCUUCCAUUUGUCAAGAAACACAAGACGAUAUUUGCCAGCACGGAAUGUGAAAGUUUAGAGUUUUACAAGAAAAUGGUUGCAUUCGUUAUGGCCUACAGCUUUACUGAGCCUUUACAGUCAUUUGACGGAGAGGAGUCAGAUGAGGAAGGGGAGAUAACUUCACCCCCCAUGAUGAUUCCCAUGGCAGACAUUUUAAACCAUGUGGCAAAAAAUAAUGCACAUUUACUGUUUGAAAAAGACUGUCUUAAGAUGGUAGCGGCAAAAGAUAUCAAAAAGGGGGAAGAGGUAUUCAACACCUAUGGGGAAUUACCCAACUGGCAGCUCCUUCAGAUGUAUGGUUUUGCUGAGGCCUAUCCACUCAAUCAUUUUGACACUGUGGAAGUUCCUGUUAGGCUUCUAGUAGAGAGUGCUUCUGAUCUGGCUGUGAAUUCUGCUGAUCUCAUGGAAGAGAAGAAAAAGUUUUUACAGUCCUUGGAUCUUAUAGACAGAGGUACAUUUGUGGUUGGAAGAGAAGGGAUUCUAACAGAUGAAGAACUGGAGCCCAUACUGAAGGUACAUGUUUAUAUAGUAACCAUGCCAGCGAGCAUGUGA